GGGGCAUUUUUGUGAAGUAGUCGGAGGCGCUUUUGGACGAACGUCGACGUCGGCAGCCAUUUCGAUUUGUGUUCAGUGCGUGGAGUGGUGAAAGCAAUUUUCACCGAGAGGAGCGCGCUGCAUUUAGUUGUUUUAACGUUUGGACUGUGGCAAAGACUUUUUAGUUGGUAAGACACCCGCGAUAGCAGAUAAGCAAGGAAGAAAAAUGUCAGCUCCCACGUGUUAUAAGUGCAACCGUCCAGGCCACUUUGCCCGCGACUGCAACGCCGGUGGCGGUAUGGUAGGAGGAGGAGGCCGUGAUAUGAGACGCGGAGGUGCUCGCGAAAAGUGCUACAAGUGCAAUCAAGUUGGUCACUUUGCGCGUACAUGCCCCGAGGAAGCAGAACGCUGUUAUCGUUGCAAUGGAAUUGGACACAUCUCGAAGGAGUGUUCACAAGCUGACAAUCCCACUUGUUAUAAGUGCAACAAGCUUGGUCACUGGGCGCGUAAUUGCCCAGAGGCUCUUAACGAUCGAAAUGUUAGCAACAUUUCAUGCUAUAAGUGCAACCGCACAGGUCACAUUUCCAAGAACUGUCCGGAUACAGCGAAGACAUGCUACGGCUGCGGCAAGAGCGGUCAUCUGAGACGCGAAUGUGACGAGAAAGGGAGCCGCAAUUAAGUAGCGGCAUGACUUCGUAUACUACACAUACACUACAAUUGAAAACAACUUAUAAAAAAAAAUAAAAGAAAAAACAUAAAACAAAAAAUUAAACUCACACUCUCCUUCCUUAUAAAACCUAUUUUCAAUACAAAAAAAUUCUAAUUCCAAUUUGAGCGCUUUUACGGCUCUUUGUAGCAAAUGGCGCAGAUAUAUUGAAGCGGAACUGCGUCUAAGUAAUCCUGAGAAAUUGAAAUUGUUUGUUGUCGAUCGAAAUUGAGAUUUACUGCUGCUUCAUAUUCAUCUCCUCCAGUGAACAUACACAGUCCAACCACGAACAACACCACAUCAUCAUCAACAUCAUCUUCAUUUAAAGUGAUCUGACAUAGCUAAUUAACUGGGCUGAUACGAUAAUGUUGACAUAAUGCAUUUUUGUUUUUUUUGCUGUAAGGAGCCGGGUAUCAGGCCCAGUUGAAGGAGCGGAGUAUAUAGCAGUCCGGAGUAACCCAAGAAAGAAUAUAACAAAGAAGAGCAAAGAAACCCAACUCAGAAGCACGAACCUUCAAAAUAAAAUUUCAAAUAUCACUGUGAUUGUUUUUUAAUUGUAAAUUAAAAUACUGGAGCUGCUGAUUUGAGAACAAAA